AUCAGAUACCUCUGAUAAAGGCUCCUUUGUGUCAUCAGACCGCUGUGCAGCCGUCCUGCUGUAGACAUGGAUGAAGAGACUUCUCUGCUGAGCAGAAGACCAACAUCAUCUGAAUCCAGGAUCAAUAACUCCAAACUGUUCCUGGCCGUCUUCUCGGCCGUCCUGGGGAACUUCAGCUUCGGUUACUCCCUGGUCUACUCAUCCCCGGUCUUGCCGAAGCUCAAGAGCCCCGAUGCAGACCCUCGGCUCAGGAUGGACACGGAGCAGGCUGCCUGGUUCGGCUCCAUCUACACACUGGGUGCAGCGGCUGGAGGAUUGGGGGCCAUGCUGCUAAACGACCUGAUUGGACGGAAGCUGAGCAUCAUGAUGUCAGCAGUGCCGUUGACUAUCGGAUACAUGCUGAUGGGAGGGGCUGUUGACUUGUGGAUGCUCCAUGUGGGCCGGUUCCUCACAGGCGUUGCCUCGGGGAUGACCGCAGCAUCCAUUCCUGUAUACAUCUCAGAGAUCUCCCACAAAGGAGUGAGAGGAGCUGUGGGCUCCUGCCCUCAGAUCACUGCUGUGUUUGGGGCCCUGGCGCUCUACGCCAUGGGUCUGGUGGUACCGUGGCGCUGGCUGGCAGUGGCGGGGGAGGUGCCAGCUGUGCUGAUGGUUGUGCUACUGGCGUUCAUGCCCAGCUCCCCCAGGAGGCUCCUCGCUCUGGGCAGAGAGCAGCAGGCUGAGAGGGCCCUCCGCUGGCUAAGGGGAAAACACUACAACACAAACAUUGAGCUCAGUGCCAUACAGCACAGCAUCAACACGCAGGGUAAAGUCACAUGGUCGCAGCUGGCCACACCCGUCUACUACCGGCCAAUCACCAUCUCAGUGGGGAUGCGUUUCCUGCAGCAAAUGACGGGCAUCACGCCCAUCCUGGUCUACCUGGAGCCCAUCUUUUCCCAAAGCAAAGUUUCCCUGGAGCCCAGGUAUGAUGCUGCCAUUGUAGGUGCGGUCCGCCUAUUUUCUGUUGCCGUGGCAGCCAGUUUAAUGGACAGGGCGGGACGCAAAGCCCUGCUGUACACGUCGAGCCUGCUUAUGUUCCUGUCCUCUCUGACUCUGACAAUGAUCUCCCACACCACACCUUGCCCUCCAGGCCCCGCCCCUCCUAAUCACACCAUGAGUUGGGACUACAGCUCCCAAAAUGCUAUUGGAAACACUUUGGAUGCCAGCGACCAAACUGCAGGCCUCAUUCCUCUCAUCAGCACCAUGGUGUUUAUAUUUGGAUACGCCAUGGGAUGGGGCCCAAUCACAUGGUUGCUGAUGUCAGAGGUGUUGCCGCUGGCUGCCAGGGGUGUUGCUUCGGGUCUGUGUGUGACUGUCAGCUGGUUGACAGCCUUCAUGCUCACGCACGCCUUCACACACCUGGUGGACAGGUACGGCCUGUACGUGCCCUACCUGUGUUUUACGGUGGUGUGUGUGCUGUGUCUGCUGUUCAACGCAGUGUGCAUCCCAGAGACUCGCGGCCGCUCACUGGAAGAAAUAGAGAACUAUUUCAGGACAGGACGUACGUUCACCAUCAACAGGAGUAAUUCCACUGCACAGUCAAGCUGAAAACUGAAGAUCCCUUCAAUCAGAAAUGAGUUAUUCCCAAGAUGUACCUGUAAAACAGGGCUACUGCAAAGUGAUCCUUUUGAUUAAUAUGUAACAAUCAAUAUUAAGGGUCUAAGAAGAGAGUCUUGUUGUUG